AUGGGGUCUCAAGUUAUCGUUGAUAACAAUAACGAAAACCAUUCGCAAUUCCAGCCUUUGGUGAGGCAAAAUUCGAUGUACAAUCUCACCCUUGAUGAAGUUCAGAGUCAAUUAGGCGACUUGGGAAAGCCGCUAAGCAGUAUGAACCUAGACGAGCUUCUUCAAAAUGUAUGGACUGUCGAGGCAAACCAGUCCAUUCAAAUGGACAACGCGAACACACCUCAAACCGGACAAGUUGUUUUGCAAAAUCAACCUAAUCUCCCUUUAACCGCUGCGCUAAGCAAGAAAACCGUUGACGAGGUUUGGAGAGACAUCCAACAAAGCAAAGAUCAUGAGGAGGUGAUGUCUCAAGAGAGACAAUCUACUUUGGGGGAGAUGACAUUAGAGGACUUUUUGGUGAAAGCAGGCGUUGUUUCGGUUGCACCUUCUAAUAGAAAGAAUAUUAACAGUCCUAAAGUUGACGCUGUUGAUUCAAGCCUAGUGGUACCGCAGUUUGUUCCGCAUGGUCCAUGGAUGCAGCAGUAUGCACAGGCACAUUAUCAGCAUCCACAACAAAAUGUGUUGCCAACUUAUGUUACAAGCCAGAUAUUAGCACAGCCAAUGCACAUGGUGACAGGUUCUCCAAUGGAUGUUGUUCCAUAUGCAGAUAGUCAGGUGGCAUCAUUGGCUUCGCCUGCGAUGGGAAACUUAUCAGAUUCAAAGAAAUCAGGUCGGAAGCGCGGCUUACCAGAUGAUGUAGCUGUGAGGACAGUCGAGAGGAGGCAGAAGAGGAUGAUCAAGAAUCGGGAAUCUGCUGCCCGUUCAAGAGCAAGGAAACAGGCCUACACAACUGAAUUGGAGAUCAAAGUCACGCGUCUCGAAGAGGAAAAUGAAAUGCUGAGAAAAGAAAAGGAACUUUGCAACAUGUUAGCAAAUGUUCCACCGCCCGAGCCAAAAUGUGAGCUUCGUCGUGUAUCUUCGGCGUCAUUUUGA